AUUGAGAUAAUAUACAGUUUUAAAGUGAGCGCGCGUCACUUGUCUGCGGUGGAGGAUUGUGGGAGUGACGUCACGCAUUCCUCGCCCCGACCCCCCAAAGGUGUGGCCCAGCAGCCAUAUUGAAUCCGGCCGCGUCGCCCUCCCCAAUAUUUCGAGAAUUCAUGGCAGCCAUACGGAAAAAAUUAGUGAUAGUUGGGGACGGUGCAUGUGGUAAAACAUGCCUCCUUAUAGUAUUCUCCAAGGACCAAUUCCCAGAGGUCUAUGUGCCCACAGUAUUUGAAAAUUAUGUAGCUGAUAUUGAGGUUGACGGCAAACAGGUUGAGCUGGCAUUAUGGGACACAGCAGGCCAAGAAGAUUAUGACAGACUGCGUCCCCUUUCUUAUCCCGACACUGAUGUCAUACUUAUGUGCUUCUCCAUCGACUCUCCAGACUCCUUAGAAAACAUCCCAGAAAAGUGGACACCAGAAGUCAAACAUUUCUGUCCAAAUGUUCCAAUAAUUCUAGUAGGAAACAAAAAGGAUCUACGAAAUGAUGCUACAACCAUUAAGGAACUCCAGAAGAUGAAGCAAGAACCAGUGAAGCCCGAGGAGGGACGAAACAUGGCUGAGAAGAUCAAUGCCUUUGCUUACUUGGAGUGUUCGGCCAAGACCAAGGAGGGAGUUAGGGAGGUGUUUGAAACUGCUACCAAGGCUGCACUGUCAGUCAGGAUUAAGAAAAAGGCUAAAUGCACCCUUUUGUAAAGAGUAUUAAUAAUGAAAUGAGAAAGGAAUGUACAACGCAGUCUGCCAGAAUGCUACCUGGAGGCCAACAAUUGUACUGGCUCCCCUCGCCUCGCCUUCCUUUGUAGUGCCUCGGCUCGGUCAUUCUUCCAGGGAUCCAGAGUGACCAAAGGCCGUGUUCACUGUUUUAUCCCAUUUAGUCCUACAACAUCCACACACCAAGUCAGCGGCAUAACAGUAUUGUCGACAGACGCCUUUAAUAUGGAAAUACCCAAGGUUAUUAGGAUACUGUUUUACUUUUGAUUCCAAGAGUUUUAAAAUACCUUGGAAAGUGUAUAAUAGUUAACUGAUAAUCCAAUGAAUGUUAUGUGGAUAUGAAAUCACAAUUUUCCUGUGUAAGUUAUCCAGGAAGGGAGUAGGUUGAGGAGAGGGUGUUUCAGUUCAAAUGAGGAGCUAUGAAAUUAAGGUACUUGAACUGGCUAGAUAUAUAUGGAUGGGGGAAGAAUGCAUCAAUAGGGUGCAUGGGGAGUGUAACAUAUAUGUCUGCCUACAGUAGUGGAUGCUUCAUACAACUUCGACCAGCCCCAUGGUUUUUACGAGGAACCAUCUCAUGUUGCUAUGCACAGUAAAAAUAUAUUGUGAUUGCAGGUUAUAGAUUGAUACCUAGAGUUGUGGCAUUUUUUAAUUUAUUUAUUUAUUUUUUUUUUUUUUUUAAUAUACAGUAUAUACAUAUAUGAGUGUGCUACUCGUUUAAAUAACAUUGUUGGGAGGGUUGGAAGGUGGGUUGUAUGCCAGGAUGUUCAUUACUUACUGUAAUGAUAGAUAUUGCAUAUUCUUAAUGUAAUAUCUACUCAUUAUUUAGAGUAAAGCUUUUGUAUAUUGAAUAAGGCUCUGAUUUAGGGUAUGGGGCCAGCUAAUCUAGACUGCGUUGGACUAGCAAAAUUUACUUUGGUGUCUCAUUGAUAAUACUUUCAUUGCGAUUGUAUAAUUAUUAUUUGUUAACGUAAGUUGUUCUUGUACUCCUUUGUUCUAGUAUCUUUCUUGUUUUAUUUACAGUAGUCGAAAGAUGAAACUGAAUUCAAGCUUAUUAUUUACUUCAAUAGUUUACAUAUCUUAGACAAAUUUCAUUUCCCUAGCUGCAUAAAUGACCACUGGUGACUGCAGCAUGACCAAUGCCAAGUGACUAUAUUUUUUUUCUUUCAUUUGGUAAACUAGACAGUGGCUCUACCUACAGGUCAUGUGUAGAGUAUUGUCUUUACAAGUGCGCAACUCAUCUGCUAAGAAAGGAAACAAUACUUUUUGCCACGUGUAGUUAGAUUUUCUACUUGGAAAUUAUUUUGAAUUAUACAGACUGCUUUCUCUUUAAACAUCUUCCAGUAAAUUUUGUCAGCUGCUGACUGUUAUUAGAUGAAAAAAAUCACUUCAAGUCAUAACUUCAGUGUUUCAUAUUCUAAGUGUGAUUUUUAUAUUGAUUUGUAUGUAUGUACGUACAAUUGCUUGAACCAAGUUUUCUAGUAACUUGCAGCUUGAAAGUAUGUACCAGCUCUAAAAGGAACUUCGCUUGGUAGAGCAUCUCCAGGCUACUGAGUAUAUUUGAUUACUUGACCUGUACCAGACAUUUAUUUUAGCAGGCUGAAUACUUGAACAUCUUUAAAGAAUAUUAUUGUUCAAGUGGUUCUUCUCGUGGGUUGCAUAAUGUCAGUUUUCAAACGAGAUGAUAGGAAAUAUUGGCAUAUUUCAACUUUUCAGUAGCUUGAAGAUUCUCCACCUUAUAUUGCAAAGUGUUAGCUGAAUGGCUUUUCAUGUGUAUUUGAUGCUAAAGUAUCUUACAAAGGACUAUAUAAGUUUAUUAACGAAUAGCUCUCACAUCAACGUACAGCCUGUGUACAUCAUGUUCAGUUUACCCUUUUGUAAUAAAUAUGUAUCCUUUUA